AUGAGCCGAAAGCUCGCCCCCGAAGCCAAUCGGAUUCUCUUCGUCAAGAACCUCAACUACAACGUAACAGCCGAGCAACUGUUCGACCUAUUUGGCAAAUUUGGCCCCAUUCGGCAAAUUCGCCAGGGCAUCGCCAAUACCUCCAAAGGAACCGCUUUCGUUGUCUACGAGGACGUUCACGACGCCAAGCAGGCAUGCGAUAAGCUUAAUGGUUUCAACUUCCAGAACAGAUACUUGGUCGUCUUGUAUCAUCAGCCAGAGAAGAUGGUCCGUACGAAAGAGGACAUUACGGAAAGGCAGGAGAAUUUAGAACGGCUCAAACAGCAACACGGGAUAGAAUGA